AUGCAGGACGGGCUUAACAAGCUGAUGCCCUUGCUUGGUCCCGAGGGCGUGCAAAUCCUUGCUGCGCAAGGCCCCGAGGCUAUCGGUGAGCGUCUAGAGGCAUUUUCAAGUCACGAAAACGCGCUGCUAGAGCACCUGCAGCAGACACAAAUGAUGCAGACAUCUUUUGGUGGUCGAGCGCGGGAAUGGGCACUGACGUGCGGCACUUCGGUCGGAGCUGCGUUUCCCUCCAGGGCGGAGCUGAAAUUGCAGCUCACACGAGUGUUUUUGCCGCCUAAUCAGGCAUACCGCGUGCGAUCGCGUUUCCUUGCCACACGACAGGGCAACAAGGAAUUGGUGGACUUUGUCUAA